AUGUUUUCUCUGUACAUGUUUGAUAAGAUUUGUGUGGCACACCUAUAUAAGAUGAGCGACUCGUGUGUGGAGACUUCAGAAGCACCAGCUUGGCUAUCCAAAUUAGAGAGUCAGCGCGAGAAAUUGAGUAAGGCGCGGCUUGGUCAUGACAGUGGUGCCGGUGCUCCUUGUAAUUCUUGUGGUCCAACAUGCCCUGGUUUAGACCUUCACUUUUGGCGAAAGGUUUGUCGUUCAUGUCAUUGUAGUAAGGAUGUACAUGAUGUACAAGAUGAUGAUCUGUCUGGAUGGGCUCAAUUUGAGCUACUGGGAACUAACAGACCUAAAAAUGCUUCAUUGCCCUUGGUUAAGAUUCGAGGAGUGACUGACAAACCAGUCCAGUUGGAUUGGGCACCCCCAAAUGCUUCAACGGAAUUGGUUUCAGAGUAUAUGUCAUGUUUGGGUCCAUUGGCACCAGUCUCCGGGUCGGCUGCUGCCCGAAAGUGGCGUGCUCAACUUCGAACUCAGCUACCGCCACACGAUGUGGCCCCCGCUGCUCGCCACCAUGCCACUGAUCAAGAGAAGUCCGAGCACACGGUAUGUUUAAAUAUAACCGUCUUCUAUUAUACCUGA